GGCUCGAGCCGGGCAUCAGUGAUGUCCGCAGGUACCUCUGCAUCAGACCGUUCGUCGUUAUUUAGCAACGGAACAGGCACCACUGCACAUACAAGUAUUGGCUCAUGUACACAGCUGCUGCGACCGAUACCAGUCCCGAUUAUUGCACGGAAACGUUACGAGAGCGUCUUUUUCGCGAACGUGAAUGCGCAAAGACGCUUGGCUACACAGAGCCUUUCACCGUCGCCCACUGCCAAUUCUUCAAGUUUGACCCCUCCUACUUCGGCAACGCCUCGAAAGGGCUGGCGAGGUGUCUCUGUUGACUUGACUACGAACCCGGAAGAGAAUCCGGUUCUUUCUGCACCGAUUGAAGAUGUGGAGGGGACUAGGUUGGAUGGAAAAGCUGUCAGGGCUAUUUGGUCUCGUUCAAAACUAACACCAGGGAAGCUCCGGGAUAUCUGGAAUGAAUGUGCGUUACCCGAACAAACGUCCCUCGACAAAGAUGGAUUUGUAAAGGGUAUGUGGCGGAUUGACGAAGAACUACGGCGUGUGCAAGCCAUGCGUAGUUCAACGGUCACGAUGACUGGCAACUCGAUGUCAUCCAAACGGACUACUACUGGACCUCUCCUUCACUAGAGUACAUAUUGAUUAAUUUACAUGCUGUUAAUUUGUUUGUUGUUGGAACUUGUUGUCUAGCUUUUGUUGUUGAUAGUUUU